GAAACUGGAAUCUCUCCUGGGACGACUGAACGUCCAGUCCUGGGUCGGGCCCGAUGCCAAGAUGAAGGUUGUUGCCUUGGGACAUGUCAAGGACAUUAUCAUCUUCGAGAACACCCCGCUGUUUGAGAUGGACAUCCUCCGUGUCUAUGACUUGUCCCAAGCCUCGGCCAGUCACAUGAGAACUGAGCUGGAUGAUGACUCUUUGAUGACUUUGAAAACAAACUGUGGCAAGAUCUAUUCCGUUCCGCAGAACCGCCUCAUGAACACAGAGGAGAUAUUUUCGGCUCUGUGUGUCCCGACGAAGACCCAAUUCGUGACAUGCAUCCGCUGCAGGAAGCCCGAUGAUCGAUGUGAGCAGCCUGACGAUGAGUGCAGCAUGUCAGCUAGCUGGGAAUGGGAUGCACGUAGCACAGGCAGGAAUUUCCCGAAAUCCAUAAACCUUUCCCUGACCUUGAUCCUCAUUUCAUUGCCAUAUCCUGGCUUUGCAAGUGAGCUACGUACGACCUACAACCCGGAGCAAGAUGAGCAUCCUUGUCGCUUGGUCGAAGAGUACUUUGGCCCGGCUUCCGACAACUCAAUGAUCGCAGCAGUGAACCAUUGGCUGGCAACCAAUGGACACCCGGAGGUGACGCUGGAUGCACAUGUCUUUCCUGCAGACAACGUCGCGGCCAACAUCCCCGUCCUCGCUUUGAGCCUGCCGAUCCCGGUGGACAAGGCCCCGCCUUUGGUUACUUGGGCCAAGUUUGCUUCCUCGAUUUGGUCCUCGUGGGAGAAUGAGAGGGAGCCCUUGGAAGUGAAACCCCUUUCGACGCCGCCGCUGCAGGCGGGUGACCGCCUCACCCGGGGUUCUGUUGGGGUGUGCCGGGGCUACAGUCGUAGCACAAUCAUCGCCUUCGGGAUUGCCCGAACCCUGAUGGUCGAAGACUUAGCCACAAUGGCGGAGAGCGAGAAGGAGGAGUUUACGAGGUGGCUGCUGAAUGUCCUCUUCAUCAAGGUGCUCUACACGCCUCGCCUUGCCCACGAGUACAGCUACCGGAACAUUCAGCUGUCAGUGCAGGACACGCCUGAGCUGUUCGGCCCCAACAAGGACGACCCAAUGGAGGCGGCUUUCAUGGAGUACAACUGUUUUGGCCUCGCCCAACAAUCCGAUCAGUACAAGCUUGCCGAGAAGGAUUGCCAGGUGCUGAUGGCAAGUGUCUCCGAGGAAGUUCGGCUGUUGAUGGCCAGGCAUCUUCAGUCGAACGUGUGGUCGGACUGUGCCUACAGCCUGGAGAACGUGAAAUCUGGCCGCUGGCACCUCGGCUCCUCGGGCUCCUGGGGCUGCUCAGAAGGACCCUGGAAGGAGAUUAUGAUGGUCAGCAAGGCCAAGCAGGUCUGCUUCAUCCAGCGGGUCCACUUUCAUUUCCAAGUGAAGCGCCGACAGGUCAAGGCGGCCGUGCACGCACGCAUGAAUCAAGAGACGUGGGACUCCACUCUUGAAGGUGUGUGCUUCCUGGUCUGGGUGCUGGAUGCCAUGAAAGUCGCCACCACGGAUGACGGUGCUGCCCCGCUUUUCUCGAAGGACGUUCUUCGAAGUGCCUUCCAGAAAGUUCUGGAAGGGGACUACACUACGGAGGCGGAGAAGCACAUCCUCCUCAAGCUUUCGGACGUGAAGCCCCAAGACUGUUCUGUUUGGGCAGACCACAUGCCCAAAGACCCGGCUGCCGGCUCGCUCAAGGAUUACCAGCAGCAGAUCCAAAAGCUUGACCAGGAGUCGAUUCAGAAGACUUUCGAGGCCGACUGCUACAAGCUGACUUGGGAUUUGUCUGCAUUCGCAGGCCAUGUGGAUUCGCUGAGCAAAAGCAAACGAAGUUCCCAGCUGGCCAAAGUGUGCCACGUCCGGGCCGAGAUGAAACGAGGGUCCAACGCAGUUGUGAACUUCAUUGAGAUGAACCACCGCCACGAGACCGUGCUUUUCAAGGACCGGGACACCUGUGAAAACGUGAAGAAGUGGCUGAAUGCCUCGCGGCCGGCUGCUACCAUCGUAUGGGCCGACCUCACAAAGUUCGGCAGACUGCAGGCUGAGACGCUCAAUGACAUCGCUGAGCGCCUGGAAGACAAGCUGGACGCAAAGUUCUUGGAGAAUCUUUCUGUGAACGUUCGAAUGGGAGAACCCCACAACAACAAGAAACAUGCCCUCCUCUACCCGGCUCUCGUGUGCUGGGCUUCGACCUCAGACAACGUCUUCGAGACCAGCAAGCUGGUUGUGGACAGGCUCGGUGACAUUU